AUGAAGCAUCUCACGCGCGGUGUUGCCAGCCCCAGGCUCCAAGAGGAAUCAAGCAAAGAUGUUUCAAGUCGUAGCCAUUUUGGCUCAAGAGACCCCACGCCCGCGAAGCCGUUUCCUCGGCCCGCGGGCGGCGCCCGGCAGAGCUGCGCGCCCUCGCGCCUCUCCGCCGCCGCCUCGCUCCUUCUCCUCGCCUUUGCGAUGUGGGACAAGGCCGCGCUGACGAGGCUGUGCCGAGAGUACGCCAACAUCCAGAACGAGCAGAUCCCGCACGUCGGCGCGCGCCCCUUGGAGACGAACAUGUUAGAGUGGCACUACGUACUGCAAGACCUUCCCCCGGAGACGCCAUACUCGGGCGGCGUGUACUGGGGCAAGCUGAAGUUUCCUGAGGAAUACCCGCUGAAGCCGCCCGCCAUCUACAUGUUCACCCCUUCAGGCCAGUUCCACACCAACACUCGGCUCUGCUUGAGCAUGUCGGCCACCCUGAGAUUUGGAAUCCCUCUUGGCGCAUAG